GGGUGGCAGCAGAUGACGCCUGGCGAACAGGCAGUGACCUCACGGCGCCAUAUUAAAAUGCUCCUUCCUCUCUUUGACUGUGUGAAAUCGCAGCUAAGCAGCAGCUAGCCGCCAGUACCUCCACAAGACUGACAGAGGGCAACGACAUGAUGGAAAUUGACUCGCUUCAAGAGGCACUCAAAGAUUUUGACAAGAAAGGAAAGAAGGAGGCCUGUCCUCUCCUGGAGCAGUUUCUAUGCCACAUUGCCAAAACCGGCGAGACCCUGGUUCAGUGGUCUCAGUUUAAGAACUACUUCUUGUUCAAAUUGGAGAAAGUGAUGGACGACUUCAGAGCCUCAGCGCCUGAGCAACGAGGCCCGGCAAAUCCCAACGUGGAGUCAAUUCCAUUUGAGGAUAUGAAGGAGAGGAUCCUGAAGAUAGUGAAGGGAUACAACGGAAUCCCAUUUACAAUCCAGCGCUUGUGUGAGCUGCUCACAGAACCCAAGAGGAACUACACAGGAACAGAUAAGUUCCUCCGAGGGGUGGAAAAGAAUGUAAUGGUGGUGAGCUGUGUACACCCAACCUCAGAGAAAAAUGGAUGCAGUGGUGUCAAUAGAAUGAACGGAGUGAUGCUUCCUGGAAACACAUCUGCUUUCACAGAGAGGAAAGUGAAUGGUCCAGGAACUCCCCGGCCACUGAACCGACCAAAGGUGUCUCUGGCCAGCUCACUAGCAGCAAAUGGUCUGCCAGACAGCACAGACAACAAAGACCAGACCACAGAGCAUGAAAGUGACAAAGAGUCAAGUGAGAUUUCAGCGUCAGAGGGCACUCUGGGGAGCUCGGUGAAGAACAAACACCACGAAGAGGAGGAGGAGGACAUGGAAGCCGAGCAGCACGAGGUAAAGAGACUCAAAUUCAACAAGGACGAGGAGGAGGAGGACGAUGAUGAAGAGGAUGAAGAUGAGGAGCAAGAGGUGGACACACUGAGACAUGUGCAUGCCACCUCCCUCUCAAAAGAGGCAGAGGCCAUGGUCCAAGAGAACGAGGACAAAGUCAACGACAGUGAGGAGAACGAAGCCUCCAGCAGUGCUGUCGCUGUGGAAGACCAAGAGCCGACGAGCAGCACGCAGGCCGAGGUGUCUGCUGGCCCGGGUCAGGAGGUGGAGCAGGCCGAGAGGGAAGUGCCGUGCGGCUCCCAUGAGGAAGGCAGCGACAUGGAUCAGACGGAGCAGCAGGCCCCCGCCGGCGUCCUCGAGAGCCCCGAGACCAGCAGGGACAAUGAAGAGAGCAACAGCGACCCAGUCAGCAGUAGCAGCAGCAGCAGCAGUAGCAGUGGCAGCAGCAGUAGCAUAAAGGAGGGUGCAGCAGUGGCCAGAGAAGACGUAGCUCCCGCUCCCUCCAGCAGUACGACUGAGCCCCCUAUAGAGGGCGCCAUGGAAAGUGCCAGCUUGAACAGUGGGGCCAGUGAGGAGCCCAUGGAGCAGGACUAGACUGAAUGCCUCCUGCAGCCAUCUGUGACCAUAAAACAACUUGUCCUUGAAUCCAGCUUGACUUUCACUGGGGAUGAGGAAAACUGCACCUCGUACUCAAGAUGAACGCCUUGUCUCGCUUUUGGACACUCCUCCAAAAUGGCUACCUGGCAUUGAUGUGGGCAUAUAAAUACAUUUUCAUUGAAGUUUUUUUUUUAAACUGGAAUAUUUUAUUGUUCUUCUUAUCCUAUCAUUUUAAUUUCUCCUGAAGACUCCAGAGGGAUUGGUUUCAGCAGCCUUGAAUUUCUUGAAUAAUUUUUUUUUUCCUUGUUUGAAGUUGGAGUUAUAAGGAUGCUGCAUUCUGGUUCUUUCUCUUUUCACCACCAACUCAGACCAUUUUGACAUCUUUACAGGAAAGGUCGAAGUCUAAGUUUUAUACCCUGUUGCCCGAGUGUUUAGAGGCACCACACCACCAGGAUCAGAACAAAGCCACACCAGCCACUCAUUAUUUAUGCAGUUGUUCUGGACACAAAUGAGCACCAUUUCUGUUUUUGAUCAAAGCACAUCUCCAAAAAAAGAAAAAAAAAAAAAAAAAGAAAAAAAAAAUCCACCACCCCACCUCACACCACCACUGUUGCUGCUCAAGUGCCACCAGGGCUGUUGAGAAAAUGCAUCUUUUUUUUUUGUUGUUGUUUGUUUUUUGUUUUUUAAUAUUUCUUAUCCAUUUACUUGUGAGAUGGGAGACUUAGAAGUAGUUUUCUCCAUUGUGUCCUUAUGUUCAUUGUAACCACCUUUUGCUAUGAUACACUACCAACCCCACUGAAGAAUUCUAUGACAUGCUACCUUGUAGAGGCGUCCUAUGUAAAAUUAUAUAUUUUGGAUGCAUAGAACCACCAUAAUUUAUAUGAUCAUUUCAACUCAACGACUUCUUUUGGAGUAUGUUUUUUUUUGUUUUGUCUGCCAGUUCUAGUUUCCAAAACCAGCUGUAAGUACAAAGACGACUUCCGCUUUCUUUGUAUUGUGAUGUCACCAUGUUGUUUCACAGACCGAUAUCCAGAGCAGUUACUGGUUACAAGUUCAACACCCGUUUCUGCAGCUGUACUUUUUGAUAUUUAGAAUUUUAAAUUUCUGUAAAGUAGAUUUUUGUAGAUUGUAAUACAGUAUGUGUUCACUGCCUUUGUGAAACCAUAUAUAAUUGUAUAAUUUCUGUGUAUACUCUGAAUGCUUUUGCUUUUAAUGCAGUAUUCAGAAACAGCAAUAAAUGUUAACAUUUU